UACAUCUCUAUAUAUAUGACCCAUUUCGAGCCCAAUUCCAUCUCUCUUCUCUUUCUCCUUCUCCAGCUCCGACCUUCCUUCUCUCCGAGCUCCGGCCAUGGCGCCGGCGAGAUGACCACUGCUAACGCAGCCACAUCACUGCCUCCCAACCCCAAUCCCAUGGCCACCCUCCCCCUCGUUGUCUCUCUCAACUGUCUUGAAGACCCUGCUCUCGAGGAGGAAACCCUCGCUGGCCUCGCCACCGUCGAGCACGUCGGGCUCUCCCACGUCUCCGAUGGCCGGAUCGAUUCCGCCGCUGCCGUCCUCCUCCACUCCCUUGCCUUCCUCCCUCGCGCUGCUCAGCGUCGCCUCCAGCCCUGGCAACUCAUUCUCUGCCUCGGCUCCACUGACCGCGUCGUUGACUCCUCCCUUGCCUCAGAUCUCGGCCUCCGCCUUGUUCACGUUGACUCCGGCCGCGCCGAGGAGGUCGCCGAUACUAUCAUGGCUCUGUUCCUCAGUCUUCUACGCCGGACUCACCUGCUUUCUCGGCAGUCCUCUUCGGCCGCCUCCGGGUGGCUCGGGUCCAUCCAGCCAUUUUGCCGAGGGAUGCGUCGAUGCCGGGGGCUUGUGCUUGGGAUUAUCGGGAGAUCCGCUUCCGCUAGGUGUUUGGCCACCAGGAGCCUUGCUUUCAAGAUGAGGGUUCUUUACUUUGAUUUCCAUGAGGGUGGUAAGGGUAAAUCAAGGCGACUGCCUUCUACAUUCCCUCCUGCUGCUCGUAGAAUGGACACACUCAAUGAUCUUCUGGCAGCUAGUGACCUUGUUUCGCUUCAUUGCUCUUUAACAGAUGAUACUAUGCAUCUCAUUAAUGCCGAUCGCUUGCAGCACUUAAAGCCUGGAGCAUUCAUCGUGAACACAGGCAGUAGUCAGCUGAUAGAUGACUGUGCCCUUAAACAGUUGUUAAUUGAUGGCACCAUAGCUGGUUGUGCAUUGGAUGGUGCUGAGGGGCCACAGUGGAUGGAAGCAUGGGUGAGAGAAAUGCCGAAUGUGUUGAUUCUUCCUCACAGUGCAGAUUAUAGUGAAGAAGUGUGGAUGGAAAUAAGGGAGAAAGCCAUCUCUUUGUUGCAUUCAUUUUUCCUUGAUGGAGUUAUUCCAAAGAAUUCUAUCUCGGAUGAAGACGAAGAACCUAGUGAAACUGGUUAUGAAGAUGACGUGUCAGAUAAACGAGCUAAGGAAAGUAUUCUUCGAAUUUGUGAUGAUCGGAUGACAGAUGAAAGCCAUUUAAGUGCAGCAUUCAGUGAGAAAAAAGGUCUACAUGAAACAAAUGACCCUGAGAGUUCAGCUCUGUCUCAGAAUAUUCCAAGAUCUGAGAGGAGGCGUAGUCGAUCAGGUAAGAAGGGUAAGAAGAGACCUGCUCAUCGGCGGUCCCGACAGAAGUCAGAUGAAUUUUUGGCUGCAGAAAGAGACAGCAACUCCAUCUCACGCAGAGAUAAUGAUACCGUUAUGUGUGGCAGGGACCAAGUUUUGAGUUCUAGUUCCCGAUUUGCAUCCCCAGAAGAUUCCAGGAGUAAAGAAUCACGUCUUCUUGAACCCAAGUUGGAAUUGUCAUCUGGGAAACAGGCUCCAUUCAAUGCAGGACUCGGUAGAAAUUCUGGUGAACUGCUGAAAGAUGGCUUUGUUAUUGCUUUACAUGCUAGAGAUCACCCUGGUUUCCAUGUAUCCAGACAGAGGGUUCCAGGUGGUGGAUGGUUCCUCGAUACUAUGUCUAACAUAACAAAAAGGGAUCCUGCUGCUCAGUUCCUUGUUGCAUUUAAAAGCAAGGACGAACUUGGAUUGCGUUCAUUCACUGCUGGUGGGAAGCUGCUGCAGAUAAAUAGAAGAAUGGAAUUUGUAUUUGCAAGCUACAGUUUUGAUGUGUGGGAGAGUUGGAUGUUAGAAGGUUCUUGGUUGGAUGAAUGCAGACUUGUCAAUUGCAGAAACCCAUUGGCCAUUUUGGAUGUACGCAUUGAGAUCCUUGCAACUGUGGGCGAAGAUGACGGCAUUACUCGAUGGCUGAACUAAAGAAAAUCGAAUUGAUCCGUGCUUUCAUUUUCACCACUUAUCAUCUUUAUCUACUCUGUAAAGUUACCAAUUUUGAACAUAUGUUGAAUUAAAUGUAUCCUCAACAUGAUGUGUAAUUCUUAUUGUUGUUGUUUCCAAAUGAACGCCCAUGAUUUGAGUAAAUUUUUUUUUGUUGUUGUUG